UGGGCUACAGACCAACCUUUUGGCUAUGCCCGAACGUGGUGGCAUCUCAGCCUUCAAAAUGAAGUCAUCAUGUCAUUUAUAACCAAAGACAAUUUGGUUCGAAGACUCUUUGCUAGACAAUUAUGCGGAACCUCGAAAACGUAAUGAUCACUCAUUAUGAUUUCUUUUGUUGUUGUUUCUUUUCAAACGUGAAUACCUGAAUCCAAUUCUCGCUGCUGGUGUAUGAGUAUGAUCCUUUAUCUGGAAGAAUUGACAACAAAAUCAAAAAGCUCUCUUAAUCAAUCAUCCCACGAGUUUUAUUAUAAGGGAGAGAGAGAGAGAGAAGAAGAAGAAAGAAAGAGAGAGAGAAGAAGAAGAAAGAAAGAGAGAGAGAACAAUGGAGAUAUCGAAAUACAAGGCGGUGUUGGCGUUAGUGUUUUUGCAGUUCACGUCGGCGGGAGUUGCACUCUUCACGAAAGCUGCUUUCACGGAAGGACUCACUUCCACCGUCUUCGUUGUUUACCGUCAAGCCAUCGCCACUGUCUUCAUCUGCCCCAUCUCUUUCUUUUCCGCUUGGAAAAAAGAAAACAAACCUUGUCUCGGAGUAAGAGGCUAUUGGUGGGUGGCUCUCACGGCUAUUAUUGGUGUGACUGUGAACCAGAACGCUUAUUUUAAAGGACUUGACUUGUCUUCUUCAUCAAUGGCUUGUACCAUGACCAAUCUUAUUCCUGCGGUCACCUUCAUUAUCUCCGUCAUUGUUGGAUACGAGAGUAUUAAGAGGAGUAGUAUGAAAAGUGUUGCAAAAGUAAUAGGAACAGGUGUGUGUGUGGGAGGAGCCAUGACAAUGACUUUUCUCAGAGGUCCCAAAUUGCUCAACGCCCUGCUCAACCAAGACAGCACCACUUGGUUACUCGGCUGCAUAUUUCUUGUCAUUAGUACAUUCGCUUGGUCCCUAUGGUUGAUCUUUCAGAUUCCUAUUGCCUCUCACUGUCCUGAUCACUUGUACACUUGCUCCUGGAUAUGUUUCAUUGCUACCAUAUUCUCUUUCCUCGUGGCUCUCUCCUUAGGCAACACUCAUUUAUCACCAUGGAAGCUUGAUUCCUCCUUGAAGCUCUCCUGUUGCAUAUACUCUGGCAUCCAAUUGGCGGUCACUUUCUUUCUACAAGCUUGGGUCGUGUCACAGAAAGGACCUCUGUUCUCUGCCCUCUUCAACCCUCUUUCAGCAAUCAUCACCACUUUCUUCGGGGCUUUGUAUUUACAAGAACAGACUUACCUUGGGAGCUUGCUAGGCGCUUUAGCUAUCAUCCUUGGUCUCUACGUUGUUCUCUGGGGAAAAUCCGAAGACUAUGAAGAAGAAUCCAUAGACCUAAAAUUGGAAGAUGGACACACCACUUCCUCCCAAGUUGACAUUGCUUCCAUUGUGAUUGGUGAUAAGAUCUUCCGUAGCUCAGAGCUCUUAGAACCUCUUCUCAUGUAAGUUAGUCAGUGUAAGGAGAUAUCUUUGACAAUAGACAAUUUUUAGAAUAUGGCAGUGAUAGAAAAAAGAAAUGGAACUUCGUUUACAAA